AUGAAUCGAACCGUAGUUAUCCGUUUUCCUACGUUUAAAGUUCAAGCUUACUUCAUUUUCUUUGUGUUGAGCCAAGCCAAGCUGUUAGUCCUUCAAAUCAUGAGUGAAGCAGUUCCAUCCAGCUACUCAGACCCUUCUUCUCUUCUCUAUCAAUUAGAGUCCAUUCUCGAAUCGGAUCCUUUAAUUGAUGAAGUGGGGUUUGUUCAUCCAUCCCAAUUUGCUUCCAUGAGUGACACUUCACCAGCUAAUACUAUUGAUUUGGCUUUCUGGAGUAAAGAUCACAAACUGGGCAUCUCAACCGAAUCAAUCCACCCAUUAUACACUGCUGCUAAAAAUGCAUUUAUGUCUUCACUACAACAAUAUAAGAUGUUGAUCCCUUUACAUUCAAAGAAAGUGGAUAAUAUCUCAGCCACUUCAUCUCCCCUAACUGUUCUUGAAAACGAACUAAUGAAGCAUAGCAGAGCGCUUUUGCUGCUGAGUUGUGAUUUUGGAACUGCAUGGAAUUGCAGAAAGGAAGUUGUCUUAAACAAACAAGACAUUAGGCUAUAUCUUGAUGAGCUUUCACUUUCAAGUUUGGUUCUUUCAUGUUCACCCAAAAGCGAGCGUACAUGGAGCCAUAGGCGAUGGGUGAUCAAGAUGAUAGCUGGAAAGUGUACAAAUCUUGAAGAGAUUUUGAAAAACGAAUCUGAUUUAGCUAACAGAAUAGCAGAGAAGUCAAAGAUGAAUUAUCGUGCAUGGAAUCAUCGAUGUUGGUUAGUUUCCUACAUACCUGAGAGUCAGGUGAUUGAUGAGUUAAUCAAAUAUAGAGAUUGGGCUGGAUUACAUGUUGCAGAUAACUCUUGCUUUCAUUAUCGAACUCGGUUAAUGAGCAGGACAUUAGAGGAUUCAUGGUAUAAACAAGAUUUAAAAGCAACAGAAAUCUGUCAACUUUGGAAGGAAGAGAUCAUAUGGAGUGAGAUAUUAAUCAAGCGUUACAUAGGUAGAGAGGCAUUAUGGCUUUACCGGCGUUUCUUGUCAGUGUCCUGGAUAAAGCAUUUUGCGGGUCAUAGUGGGACCCGUUUGGAUUUAUUUGUGGAAAACGAAAUAAAACUUUUUCGAUGUUGUAAAACGAUCCCGGAUAAUGUUUUUGAGGAUUAUAAAGCACAAGCAAUGUUUGCUGCUACUUAUAUAAUGUGGUUGAUCAAGGAAAUGGAUGAAAACGAAGGUGUGAGGAGGAGGAGUGUAGUAGUGGAGAAGGUAGGAGAAGAAGUGGAACAAGUGGUGAAUGAGGUAUGCCCUGAGAAGGCUUUCCUUUUGGAUCUUAUACUCACAAAAACCAGAGUAUGACAUGGUGAUAUCAUUUUUUUUAGACUUUGGAUGGUGAUUAGUUAUUAUAAAUAAUAUUUGUUGUAAUCCAUACAAAAUUAUAGAUUCAAUAUAUCAUCUAUAUUCGUAAAUAGGAUGUUAAAAUAUACAGUAUUUUAUAUUCGAAGUAAUGGUC